UUAAAUUAUAUGGAAACCAAGAGAUUCUAUGUAUGACGUGACUUUUUGCAUGGUCAAUGCGAAGAUAAAGAGCGAUUACUUCGCGGCUAAGAUUUUUUUUAAAUACGCCGCAUUUUUCUACUGACGGAAAUGUCAUGACCGACUAUACUUUAUUUGAACUCUGUAAUUACGCAUUCCUACCUUGAACGCAUCGAUAACUAAACGCCGUUUCCCGCCAUUUGGAUAUCCUGGCUUCUGAUUGGUCGUCGCUGCCCCUGUUUUACCGACGGGCUACCGCGCAAAUACAAACAGAAAAAAAUCAAUAAAUUUGACAAACCCUUGACGUUUAGCCACGUAUUUCGUGAAACAUAUUUAGGGACAAAAUUACUAUUUAUUAGAUAUAAUACAAUGCAGGACUACGAUGAUGACUAUUUUUUCGAGGAAGAUAAAAUGGGCAUGACAGUGACGUCAGGCAGCGUCUCUCUGGCCAAGGAUGAGAAGAACCUGAUAGGAAUCAGCAUCGGUGGAGGAGCGCCGUUGUGCCCUUGUCUUUACAUUGUGCAGAUCUUCGACAAUACCCCAGCAUCAAGAGACGGCACACUGCAGAGCGGCGAUGAGCUGGUGGGCGUGAACGGACAAACUGUGAAGGGCAAGACCAAGGUAGAGGUCGCCAAGAUGAUACAAGCCGCCAAGGAUGAAGUAACAAUAAACUACAACAAACUCCACGCGGAUCCCCGCCAAGGCAAGAGCUUAGAUAUAAUAAUGAAGAAGAUGAAGCACCGACUCGUUGAGAAUAUGUCCUCUGGCGCGGCGGACGCGCUCGGCCUGUCUCGAGCCAUACUGUGCAACGACACUCUGGUCGCCAAGCUCAAUGAGCUGAGAGAAACUGAGACCACUUAUAAAAGACUCGUCGAACAUGCAAAAAGAAUGCUGAAGGCCUACUUCGACCUCCUGCAGACGUAUAAGUCGCUGGGCGACAUAUUCUCUGGUAUCGGCGUGCGGGAACCACAGGCGAGAGCCUCGGAAGCCUUUUCCAAGUUCGGCCAGUACCAUCGCCUGUUGGAACGAGAUGGGAUUAAGAUGCUUAAAGCUUUGAAACCGAUCCUAGCAGACAUGGGCACGUACCUAACAAAAGCCAUUCCAGACACCAAGCUAACAAUCCGCAAGUACGCAGACACGAAGUUUGAGUACCUCUCAUACUGUCUCAAGGUGAAGGAGAUGGAUGAUGAGGAGUAUGGCUACAACGCCCUGCAAGAGCCUUUGUACAGGGUGGAGACUGGCAACUACGAAUAUAGGUUAAUCUUAAGGUGCCGCCAAGAUGCCAGGGCGCGAUUUGCGCGACUACGCUCGGACGUUCUGGUCAAAUUAGAAUUACUGGACAACAAGAAAACACAGGACGUGGCGUACCAGCUGCGGCGGUUUAUACAGGGUUUAGCCGUUUAUCACAAUGAAACUGUGGACCACUUGAAGGAAAAUGCGACCCUAUUCCCGGUAGAGGUGGACUUAUCACAAAAUGCCUUCCAGUACAAGUCCACCACACAAUUUAUCCAAGAUAGUCAAGAAGAAGACGACAUCGAAUACGCAAAAGAAAUUCAAGAAUAUCACGACAUCAAUGAAGAGAAAGAUGCCCCAGUGACCAACAGAAGACAGCCCAAAGACAAAGAUUCAACCGAUUCUUCCCAACAUCUGUUAUCUAUUGACACCGACUUCAAUUUUGAAACCAACAGUUUCACCAAAAACGACAACUUCGACAAAUCUGACUGCGAUAAGACUGACAAUUUAACUCUUUUGACAGAACUUGGGCUAGCUGACAAUGAUUUCGGGGAGUUUCAGAAUGGCCUCAUGGACGAUUUUGCGCCCAACAAGAAUACCGACACUGAUGACGUGUUUGACAAGCUGUUGAGUGAAUUGAAUAUAGGAAAGUAGCUUUUAGUCGAUUUUAUUAAAAUAAACA